AGGUCCUCAGUGGUAAGCUAAUGCCGACCAAUCAGAUCACUGAAGUCGAUUCAUCUCAAACUUUCCGUCGAAACUUCCUAGAGGCCGAAGGCCUCAAAGUUGUUCUUAACAUACUCCACAGCUCCAAUUUCCCUCCGGAAACCGACGUUACCGUCCGUCAAGACUGUUACGCAAUCACUCUAACCCUAGCGAGAAUCCUUUUAUGUCCUCCGCCCACUUCGUCCGAUACUGAAGGUGGUGUGGAGGGAGUUGAUAAGCCACACCUUCCUGUUGGUAGACAGAUGAGUCGGAAUGUAGAGGAUGAGGUCGCUAGACAUACAAUAGAGACAAUGACUAAUGAUGAUUUCCGAACCAUCCUCUCCUGCCUAAUGAGAGUCUGCUGGUCAGCAGGAGCUGGUAAACUGUAUCUUGCUACAGGAGAGGGCAGCGAUCAGUUGAAGUCUGGCCUGUGCUCUUUCACUACCAGUGUAGUUAACAGCAAGGAUGUCAGUAUUGCUCAAGAGUCUCUAGAACUUCUCGUCACUUGUCUAAAACUCCGUAAAAACCUUUUGAAAAUCUUCUAUGAGCUCUCACGUGUAGAAGAGUUUGUGAUUGAUGUGUUACUGGGCUCCUCCCAGCCCGACCUCCGGAACCAAAUGAUGGAAUCCUUUUUUGAUCUUUGUUUGGAUGCUAGGUUUUACUCAGGUAGGAUAAAAUGAAUAAAUGAAUAUUGUAAAGAUG